UGGACAGCAGCUAAAAGAUUCGGAACGAAAGAAAAAAAAAGGAAAAAAACCUUACAGCCUCCUUUUAACGGGGGCUGGUGCUAACGGUGCGGUUCGUUGAAAUUUUAAUUCUUCGCACCGGGAAAUUCAGCCUUCUCUCUCUUCUUUUUCAACCCUAUCACAUCCCCCAAAACCUCCACCUUCAACAGCAAAUUGCAUUUUUUUUCUACUUCGUAAUUUUUCAACGUCGUCACAGUAAUUUAUUUCUACUAUCUUCGUUGCAUUUAACCUUCCUCCUCCUGCGCGGAUCGCGCACACCUCUUCCAUAAUGUCAGAAUUUCUUGGCUCUCGCAUAUCCCUCAUCUCGAAGAGUGAUAUCCGCUAUUCGGGUGUAUUGCACGAGAUCAAUUCAGAAGAGUCGACUGUCUCUCUAGAAAAUGUCAAGUCGUUCGGUACCGAGGGCCGCAAGGGUAACCCAGAAGAAGAAAUAGCACCUUCUGACCAAGUCUACGAGUACAUCGUCUUUCGCGGUAGUGACGUGAAAGACUUGCGUAUCGAGCAAGCUCCUGCUCCUCCCAAGGAGAACCAACCUCCCAAGGUUCCAGAUGAUCCCGCCAUCGUUGGAGCUCGUACUCGCCCUGCGGGCGGCAUCCCCCCUGGUCCAGGAGCUACAGGCUACGGCCAAAGUCCGUAUCAACCCAAUCCGUUCUACCCUCCGCCUCCCGGACAAUGGGGACGUGGCGGCCCUGCUCCCGGCCCAGCUCAAGGCUUCCAUGGAAUGCCCUACCCGCCCCCUCCCGGCUGGUUUCCUCCCGGUCAAGGUUUUCCGGCUGGUGGACCUGGAGGCCCUGGUCCGUGGAAUAGCUUUGGAUAUCCACCUGGACCUGGACCUCAGGGACCUCAAGGACCUCCCGGCGUACCUGGCCAAGGAAUGAGAGGAACACCCCAGCAAGAUAAUAACAAGCCUGCUCCUAUUGGUGCUGGCGUUGAUAAACAAAGACUGGUUGGUAACCCCGCGGUUGAAUUACCUACGGAACCUAAGUCACUUGGACAGCAACCUAUCCAGCCUGCGUCGACUAGCGCAGCCCCAACCCCGCCGGUUGAAUCGAAACCUACCGCAGCGGAAGUCAAAGCUACUGCUGAAUCUCUAGCAACGACGAACCCCCCUGCGGCCAAUGUCGCCGAGAAGAAGGCCGUUCCAACCGGCCCUAAGAACAACCGAGUCCUCCCUGCUGUACCCAUUCAGGCUGCAGUCACUCCGAAAACACCUCAAGUUACUGCUGCCGCUUCUGUAGUUAAGCCUGUGGGCGGGUCAGCCGCUACUCAGGCCGCGCUCAAAGAUGCGACUCAAGCUGCGAAAGAAGCAGUUGCUGUCGCAAUGGCGAAACUUAACAACUCUGCCGCUACUGAAUCUCCCGCGCAGAAUGGCAGCGCAAUGGACAACUUGACUAAGAAGGUCAACGAGAUGAGAAUUAAUGCCACGAGACCCUCAACAAAUGGCAGGGGACGCGGCCGAGGUGGUCGUUCCGGCGGACCAAGCAAGGUCAAUGUUCCGGACUCGGACUUUGAUUUCGAAGCAGGCAACGCAAAGUUCAACAAGCAAGAUCUCGUGAAGGAGGCUAUCGCGGGCUCGCCUCUCACAGAGGUUAUUCAUAAUGCUCCGGCCCCAGAGCAAGCGCAGACCGAUGAUUCUGCACCUCCUGUUGCCUACAACAAGACUAAGUCGUUUUUCGACAACAUCUCCAGCGAGGCUAAGGAUCGUGCCGAAAACGGUGGCCAAAAGCCUGGCGGACGAGAGUGGCGCGGCGAGGAGCAGCGAAAGAACAUGGAGACAUUUGGCCAGGGCAGCGUCGAUGGCGGCUACCGCGGUGGUUACCGCGGCCGUGGCCGUGGUGGACGUGGUGGCCCUCGCGGUCGUGGAUUUGCCCCUCGAGGAAGAGGCAACACAUACCGCCAACCAACAGCUCAAUGAUUGACAUCGGCCCGUGCAUCGCAUGCGUCGUAUAGUCGACAAGUCGUCUUUACAUUCGUGACUUCCUACUCGUACCUUCAAAGGCAACAUCAUUUAGCAGUGUAUUAAUACGGCAGUUGCAUGAUAUGGUUUUUCUUUUUCCACGCGCAGGAACUAGGUGGAUAAUGAUGCGGUUUUGCCAUGCUCCAGAGCUCGAUAGGCUUGAUUUUAGUGUUGAGGCUCUUAGCAACGGCGUAAGGGUGGGUUGACAAGGGCAGGUAUAAUUCUUGCAUUCGCAUCAUGAGCAUGAUCAUACGAUUUUACGUUCGAGACGAAAAAUGGGGGGACUUGCAGUUUCGGCUCGAGCGCAGGAAAAGGCUUCUUACAGAAAGGAAGCGUCGAUACAUACAAAUGACUCUUGACGUGGGUACCAUCACUUCUGAUGUAGAGGGUACUCAGGAAAAGACGAAAACGGAUGCAAUAGCGGGCUUGGUGUCUGUAGGUGGCUUUGGCUUUUUGAGUCGGUACAUAAGCUGAGUUACACUGGUUAAUACAAAACCAUCAAGUCA